GCACCAAAUGUUUUCAGGACAAAAUUGUCCCGUUAAAAAUGCACUGAACGUCUGAACCAGCAGUAGCGCUACGAACAUUUGGAAAUGCUUGCAUCCAUAAGCGGACAAAGCUAAAUAGUACAUAACCAAAUUCCAUAGCAAAUUAGCAACAGGUUUUACGUAGAUUCGGAUCUAACGAAACAAAAUGCCUGGCUGGUGCAUAAUUGUAUAGUAGAGCCGUCGUCCAAACUAAUCAAACUAGCUGUAGAGAGCUGGAGGGAGAAUCCCUGCUGAAUCCCUGCUGCAGUAAUCUGAUUUUCGGUUCAAACUUCAAAUUCAAAAACCACUGCACACUAUUCCAACCUCCAACCUUUACACACAGAGAAAGAGAAAGAGAAAGAGAAAGAGAGAGUCCUAUUUGCGGAAAGACUCCGAAACCCUGCCAUUCAUUUCCGUUGCAGAAAUCAGAACUUUUUCUACACUUGGAGCUUCAAAGCAGAAUAAUUCAGAUACUUCUCUUCCAUCCGUCGCUCAUUCCUUGGCAAUACCUCCUAUUCCCUGAUCUUCCAUCUACAAACCCAAGAAAAAUACAUAAAAAAACCGAGAGCCUAAACCUUCCUAAUUUUCCUCAUCGCGGUCUCAGAGUGAUUUAUGAUCAUUAUCAGAACCGAAAGACAAUUUCUUCUGAAUAAAAACAAGGGUAGAAUAACCUAAAAAGCAAAUCAGAAAAGAAAAAAAAAAUGAACACAGAUUGCACAAAUGUCGUCCAAAUCGGAGUCCUUGGUCACCAAAGUCAUUCUAAAAAUAGAAAGCUUCCACUAAAUCCGAAAACCCUUCUCUUUUUCACUCUCAUUUCGUAUUCGCCGAGCGUCUAUCGUCAGUCAGCUCCAUCACAUACACGCACACUCACACAAACUUAGAAGAAGAAAAAAAAAAAAAAAGGGGAAAAAUCGUACACAAAGCUUAUCUAACCCUAUGUUAGAAAUAAAACAGUCGUUUCAGGAAACCGAGGCGUUUGUUUUAAUGUCAGGUGCUCCCGGAAAACCUAACACUGUCACGAUGAGAGGAGACAGGACCGACGAUGAGUUGGAUCGGAACGAAGCUACUCGCGACCUUGUCGCUGAGACAAGUUUCCGAACGAAUAGGAAGAAACGUAUGGCGCGGCAGAGGCGAGUCAGCAUCAACCCUUUGCCUUUUGCCUCAUCCAGCUCGCACGUGCAAACUUUGCCCGUCGAUGGCAGUUCUGCUCUCGCUGCACGUGACAUUGAAGUUGGGAAGUUGAGAUUUCUUCUCCAGAAGGAACUUAGGAACAGUGAUGUAAGCUCCCUCGGGAGAAUGGUACUCCCAAAGGUAUCAUGGGAAAUUGGAUUGCAGAGAGCAGCUGAAGCUCACCUCCCCAUCCUUGACACUAAAGAAGGAAUGUUUAUCGACAUGGAUGACAUGGAUGGUCUACGAGUGUGGAACUUCAAAUACAGGUUUUGGCCUAAUAACAACAGCCGGAUGUAUAUUCUUGAGAAUAUUGGGGAGUUUGUUAAGAUGCAUGGCUUACAACUCGGAGACUUCAUUAUGCUUUACAGAGACGAUCAAAAUCAGAAAUAUGUCAUUCGGGCUAGGAAGGCUUCGGAUCAAGACAUAUUUUCUGAGUCCACAAGAAACAGCUUCUUUGGUAUCAGCACCAUAAAGGAUUGCUAUGUUCCUGAAGUUGAGGUAAAUAAACCUAGUUACCUCCAUGUAAAUUUCCCUACAGUGGAUGAUAUAGGCCUGCCAUUCCCAUGCGACAAUGACUUCUCAGAUGCCUUUCCAAUAGCCCUUUCGGGUGGAUCAAUGGUCGACUUUCCAGGGCUUGAACCAAUUGCUAACUUUGGGUCAGUUGAGAACUUAUCUCUAGAUGACUUUUUGUAGGUUCAGCACUUACAUGGAACUGCACAAUAGGAAACCCAAUGUUGUAUGUAACUUUUUUUGCGGAACUGGAACUGUGUAUUUUCAUUUUGUUGGCACAUGUGCAAUAACGGACUUUUCAUGGUUGCCAUGAUGGUUGUUCAAAUAUUUUAA